UUGGUUGGAAAUUUGGACUUAGAGAGUUGGAGGUAAAGUAGAAUUUUUCUUUUCUGCUCUAUGGCGAUAUGUAUGUCCCAGCCUCGCCAUCUUCAAUCUUUAAGCAGAACUGAGGAACCUGAAUCUCAUGACUCGAUAAUGACGACAAAUUGACCCGCAAUACAAAGCCCGAUUUCACCAGGUAAUCCGUUGCUCUUUAUUAAAACCAAAAACCCCUAAAACCCUAGUCAUUUCACUUUGGAUCUCAUCGAAUCCGAAUACCCAGAAAGAUAGAGUAUUUUUUCAAUGCAUACAUUACAUUGUUCGAAUCCUUACUUGUUCUUUCGGGGUUUCCGUUUGAUGAGUAUUUCUAUGCCGGAAACCGCGAGUCUUGGAUAUAAUUGGAGAGUACUGAGAUAGAGGGUAUGCCCCAUUUUCCCAAACUAUCAAUUCAUGUACUCUGCACCUCUUUUGGUCAAAGGGUUCUCCACGGCUUUUGUUGUUUUAGCAGUUUUUCAAUUGGUGAUAGUUUAGUUAAUGGGCUUGGAAGCAUAGAGUACCAUUUGAAUGAAAGUUGGAAAAGUCCGAAUUUUGAUCACAGUUUUGAGGAGAAGCUAAAUUCAGAUGUGUCACCUGGUUCCAUGGGUGUUAAUGGAUUUUCUGAAGGCCAUUCCCAUCAAAACUUUUCCACAAGGAAAAAUUUUGUUGGCAAUUUUAGAACUGAGGCUCAGAUGAUUCUUGGAAUUCUUCAUAGAGGUGAUCCCCAGUUUGAUGCAAAAGCAGCUUUAGAUGAUUUGCAUGUUAGGCUUACUGGCCUUCUAGUGAGGGAAGUUCUCUUAGGGAUAUUGAAAACGGCAAAUUAUGCAGAUAAGAAAAGUUGUGCCCAGAUGGGGUACAUGUUCUUUGAAUGGUCUGGUAAGCAGGAAAACUAUAUGCACACUGCAAAUUCAUACCAUUUAAUGAUGAGAAUUUUUUCUGAGGCAGGGGAAUUCAAGGCCGUGUGGGCACUAGUAGAUGAGAUGAUCGAGAAAGGUUACCCAACAACUGCUCGUACCUUCAACAUAUUGAUAUGUACUUGUGGUGAUGCGGGAUUAGCUAGAAAAGUAGUGCAAAGGUUUAUUAAGACAAAGACGUUUAACUAUAGGCCAUUCAAGCAUUCAUUUAAUGCAAUUCUACAUACUCUUUUGGCUGUAAAUAAUUACAAGUUGAUUGAAUGGGUAUAUCAGCAGAUGUUGGUUGAAGGUUAUUCCCCAGACGUUUUAACUUAUAAUGUACUCCUGUGUACGAAGUACAGGCUGGGAAAACUAUAUCAGUUUCACAGAUUACUUGAUGAAAUGGGAAGAAACGGGUUUUCACCUGAUUUUCAUACAUUCAAUCUCCUUCUUCACAUUCUUGGGAAAGGGGACAAACCACUAGCAGCUCUUAAUCUUUUGAACCACAUGAAGGAAGUCGGAUGUGAUCCUAGCGCUCUCCACUUUACAACUCUGAUUGAUGGGCUCAGUCGAGCUGGCAACUUGGAUGCAUGCAAAUACUUUUUCGACGAGAUGAUAAAGCAAGGCUGCUUUCCCGAUGUUGUCUGUUACACCGUGAUGAUAACGGGUUAUGUUGUGGCUGGGAAUUUCGAUAAAGCUGAAGAGCUUUUUGCCGAGAUGAUAAGCAAGGGGCAGCUACCAAAUGCGUUUACCUACAACUCCAUGAUUCGCGGGCUUUGCAUGACAGGGAAAUUCAAGGAUGCUUGCCUUAUGUUGAAAGAAAUGGAGUCGAGGGGAUGUAAUCCGAAUUUUCAUGUGUAUAGUACUCUAGUGAGUUGCUUGCGGAAUGCUGGAAAGCUUUCAGAAGCCCAUCAAGUAAUAAGACAGAUGGUGGAUAAGGGGCGCUAUAUCCAUCUUGUAUCAAAGAUAAAAAGAUGUAGAAGACGAUGAUAAAUUUUUCUCUUUAGCGUUAGGUGAUUCAGUUGUAACAUUUAGUUGAAGAAUUGCAGAUCAAUCCGGCAUAUUUGAUACAUUCACCAGCUGCUAUAGGGCAGUGUAUGCUCAAUGACACACAAUUUUGAUCAUGCUCUCUAAUAAUUUCUAUAAUUUGUGAAUUUUUCGUCGAUGUGGCAAACCUGAUAGAUGUGCUAGACAAAUAUAAAGAAAUGCAAUGCUUCAUCUGAGCAGAUACAUAUUAAA